UUUUUCACAAAAAGACUCAUAGUUCCUUCUCCUUGGACUGAACAUGAAGGCAAGCAAAUUUCUCAGUUUAAUUCAACUAAAUCCAUAGAUCUAAAUAACAUUUCUCCAAUUGGAAGACAGCUAACAUUGCAGCCUGGGAAAAGCAAUGCUGCUUGUCAGACAGUACUGUCUUUGCCAGUGGAUUUUAAUUUAGAGAAAAUACUAGGUGAAUAUUUUAGAACUGAUGAAUUUGCUGAUCAGUCUCAGGAAAAUUUGAGCUCUUCAUCACUCAGAAGAAAGCUGUUUUUAGAAGAAAAUGGAAGUGUAUCUGAGUGUUUAUCUCCUUCUCUGCAUAGUCCAUGCGGUAGUCAGCCGCUUGGAGUGCUUUGUUCAAUUGACAUAUCUCCAGUCCGGUGCAGAAGCCCUCUGGAAACAUCUAGUUCAGGUCAGUUUUCAUCAAGCCCCAUUCAGGGAGGAACAAGGGCUUAUAGUCUGGGAAGUAUAACCAGUCCCACAUUUCCAGAAGGGUCUCCUGCACAUAAUGGUUCUCCUACUUUUUCACCAAUUGCUUUUCACAUAAGGAAGACACCACUGUCAGACCAAAGAAAAUUUACAUUUCGUUCUCCAGAUAUUCCUUCUUCCUCAAAUAGAAUGACACCUUCAAGUACAAGAAGUCCUUAUAUAGAUGGUUGUUCUCCAAUUAAAAAUUGUUCUCCUAUGAGGCUUGGAGCAUGUAGGGGAACUGCCCAGUAUCAGACUUCUGUCAUUAGAAUACCGAUUGCAGUUGAGAAUCAUGGUGAGAACGAGGAAGACAAGGAAAAUGCUUCUCCUGCAGAAGCUCGGUUCCCAGAAAUGGAUAAUGGAAUAAACUUAUGUCAGCAAGACAGUGAUACUUUUGCAUGUGGUACACAUCUUGUUGUAGCAACUGUGUCUAUUGCACCAGAUCACUCGGAAGUUUGUCAUCAAAGGUUGUCAUCUUUUCAGGAUAUAGAAGGCUCAAAGGAAAAUAACACUGUAGAUAUGGCUGAUGCAGCUGAAGUGUCAGAGGAAAACACUUGGAUAAAAGAAACAAUUGGAAAUAGCAAUGCACCGAUGACCAGCUUUAUGACAGGAAUUACUUUCAGUAUUGAAAACUCUCGCAUGUGCAUGUCACCUCUUGCAGAAAGCAGCGCAAUUCCUUGUGACAACAGCAGUAUUCAGGUGGACAGUGGUUACAAUACACAGACUUGUGGAAGCAGCAUUAUGGAUACUGCGGGGGCUGAAAACAGUUGCAGAGAGAAUGAUGUGAAUACUAACGUGUUUCAGAAUAAAUCUCAGCUGCUUAGAACAAAGGAGUGUUCCGUUUUAAACCAUAAGGACAAUCAGUUGCUGAGAGCAAAAUCUCCAGAGAAGCAAUCCUGUUUCCAAAAAGCAAAAACACAUAGUACAGUAUUUGGUCAAAAUGCAACUUGCAACAUUUCUGCCUGGAAACAGAAAAAUGAAAAUCAAGUUCAGGGAUUUCACAAAAAUGCAUGGAUAUCCAGUCCCAGGUUAUGGGGUGGAAGUUCUGCUUCCUAG